AUGGAUUUUAUCAUUGAAAAGUUCUUAGGUUUUUAUCCUAAUAUUAGCAAGUAUGCUCUAAAACUUUUCGAUGAACUACCUAUAAGUGAAUUUUAUCGUAGAAAAAUAGUAAACUAUUAUAUGAAGUGCCUCAAUUACAAUAUUGAGGGUGGAAAGUAUAUGCGUGGGAUCACUCUUGUAGAAGUAGCAUAUAAAUGCUGGAAUAAUGGGGAUAAAAUACUGUGGGAUGAAGUUUUAACGGCUGGCUGGUGUAUUGAAAUACUACAAGCUUUUUUUCUAGUUGGAGAUGACAUAAUGGAUGGCGGAGAAAUGAGGAGAGGGAAAGUAUGUUGGUACAUCUCACAAGGUCUGUCAAUGGGACUAAAUGACUCAUUUUGUUUAUAUAUAAUGUCAGAAUUACUAAUGAAAGGUGCACUAAAAUCUUAUAGUAUGGAUACACUAGCAAGAAUAAUGGAUUUACUACAUAGAUGCAUCUUUUACACAAUCUUAGGUCAACAUUUAGAUACAAGCCCACUUUGUUUAAAAUCAACGGAAAAUUUAGAUGAGAGGUAUUUUGCAAUGAUUCAAAUGAAGACAUCUUACUAUUCAAUUUAUUUACCUAUUUGUAUUGGGUUGUUAUUGGCUAACUCUACUAGUGGCAUACCUCUUGAAGUAGAACACUUUAGCAGGAUAAUUGGUGAAUAUCUCCAAAUAGAAAAUGACUUCCUUGACUACUUUGGCAACAAUGAGAAGACUGGGAAUGAUAUCGAGCAAGGAAAACUAACUUGGCUCCUUUGCAAAGCUAUGCAGGAUCCAUUACUUAAAGAUGAUAUAGUGGAGAAUUACGGUAAAGAUGCAGAACUUAUAAAAGAAAUUUAUCAAAAGCUUAAUAUGGAGAGUAUUUUUGAGGAAUACAAAUUGGAGACUAAAAACAAAGUUUCAUCUAUUUUAGAGAAGUUAGAAAAUGAAAAUUUACGGAGAGCUCUUAGAUGUAUUGCCAUAAGGAUCUUCUCAUAUCAUGAUCAGAAGUGUACCUCUUUAUAA